UCAAUUCAAUUCACCAUCAUCUUCCAAUUAAAAAACCUUUUCUCAUUUUUUUUCAAAUCUCUCUCAUUAUUGCCACACCAUGCAAGCCUUAAGGGAUGAAAUCACAGGCCUUAAUAAUAAUUAUUUUCUCCCUUCAGAAACAUAUAACUAUACUACCUCCAUGAUGCAAAAUACCAACAAUACCUUACCUCUUUUCAACCAUACAAUAACAACAACAACCAAUUCUAUAAUGGCAACAAUUUCCUUAAUCAAAUGUUUUUUCCACCAGAAUUUAUUCUUGGUAACAAUAGUCCUACUCAAUCAUCAUGCAUAAGUAGCAACAACUCAACCUCUGAUGAAGCAGACGAACAACAACAACAACAACAAAGUCUUAUCCUGAACGAGAGGAAACACAGGAGGAUGAUAUCGAACCGGGAAUCGGCUCGCCGGUCCCGGAUGAGAAAGCAAAAACACCUUGAUGAGCUUUGGUCACAGGUUGUUUGGCUGAGGAAUGAGAAUCACCAAUUAUUGGACAAAUUAAACAAUGUUUCAGAGUCACAUGAUAAAGUUGUUCAAGAGAAUGUUCAAUUGAGAGAAGAGGCUUCAGAACUUCGCCAAAUGCUUUGUGACAUGCAGCUACAUAGUCCAAUUUGCCCUCCUCCUUUGAGUCCUUUUCAUCAUGAUGAUGAUGAAGAAGAAGAAUAUCUCAACUAUGAUGAUGAUUCUUCAAACCAAUCCAACACCACAAGUUCUAUGAACCUACUCGGAUAAUUAAUAAUUAACCCCAACAGGUUAAGAUUUUGAAUAUAUAUUGCUAC